UAAAAGUCGAGUAGUGAAGUUUUGCAGACGCGUAUGUUGUUGUUUUUUUAAAAUACCCAAAUGAGUUUUCAAUCUCUGUGUUUUCUGAGUAGUGAUUUUGUGUGUUUGAUUUGUUAAAAAUAAAGCAAAAAAAAAAGUGUUUUAAGAAAUUCCAUUAAGCGAAAAAACCCUAAACUUCCCUCAAAGGUUUAAUUUACAAAAAAAAACAACAAUUUCCCUCCCUUUUUCUUAAAAAAAAAAUAAAAAAUAAUUUGUGAAGAAAAAAACAACAAAACGAACAUGUUUGCUGAAGGUAUUUUUCCAAUUGGAGACGGUUUGCUGGACAUCGAUGAGGAACGUCUUAAGGCUCUACUCGUUCCUCAUGAUAUCAACGAAAUUUAUGAAAUUGAACAAACACCAUUUGCCAGGGGCAAAUUCGCUGCUGUACGCCGUGCAAUACACAAAAAUUCGGGUACACAUUUUGCAGCAAAAUUUCUCAAACGUCGCCGUCGAGCCCAGUCGUCGGAUAGAGAGAUUAAACAUGAAAUUGCCGUUUUGAUGUUGUGCAAUGAUGCUGAAAAUAUUGUUAAAUUGAAUGCAGUUCACGAAUCACGUUCGGAUACAGCGCUAUUAUUGGAAUUAGCGACUGGUGGUGAAUUACAAACAUUUUUGGAUAAUGAAGAAUGUCUUACAGAGGCGCAGGCCCGCAUUUGUAUGCGUGAAGUACUUAAAGCCCUACAAUAUUUACACAAACGUUCUAUAGUUCAUUUAGAUUUAAAACCACAAAAUAUUUUAUUGACCGGUGAACAUAUAGAAGAUGGCUUGAAAUUAUGUGAUUUUGGUAUUUCACGUGUGGUAGCCGAGGGUACCAAUGUGCGUGAAAUCGUUGGUACCCCCGACUACGUAGCACCCGAAGUUUUACAGUAUGAACCGUUGUCAUUGUGCACGGAUAUUUGGUCGGUUGGUGUAUUGGCUUAUGUGUUGUUAUCGGGUUUCUCGCCUUUUGGUGGUGAAACGAAACAGGAAACCUUCCUUAAUAUAUCACAAUGUGCAUUAACAUUUCCGGAUAAAUUAUUUGGAGGCGUCUCAUCGGCAGCCAUUGAUUUUAUACGUAAAUCAUUGCGAAUAAAGCCAAAUGAUCGCAUGACUGCUGCAGGAUGUCUCGAACACAUUUGGCUUAAAGACGAAUGUAACAUCGAUAGACAUAUUUUUAAUGCGAUAAACAGUAAGCAACAAUUGGAACAAGAUGAUGAUGAUGACGAUCAGCAUGAUGAUGAAGAUGAUGACGAUCGUGAGGUCGAUGAUGAUGAAGAUCAUGAACAGGAAGAUGAGGAAGAACAUCAUGAUAAUGCCGUUGAUGAGGUACAAAUUGUUAACGAUAAACCUCAAGCUAUUAGUGUAGACAAUUCGGAAGAGGAAGAUAAUACCUCAAACAAUUCAUUUGCUAAAACAACACAUAAUCCAUUAAAUAAAACAACAAAUAGUCACACUAACGGUCAUGUCAAUGGUCACUCUAGUGUUCAUACGAAUGGUCAUACCAAUGGUUUUGCAAAUGGCCAUACGAAUGGCUUUGCAAAAGGCCAUUCGAAUGGACUUACAAAUGGUCAUACAAAUGGAUUUCUAAAUGAUCAUUCUAAUGGUCAUAUUGCGGUUUUAAGCAAGGGUCAUUCGGUUAGUAGUUUUACCAAGUUACGUGACGAUUUACACGAUAAAACCAUUAAGCUGGCAAGUGUUAAACAACCCGUGAUGUGCAACUCCAACGCCACGACAACAAAAACUACUGCUGUACAUAAUGUGCCAGCAACAAAAGCCAUCACAAUACCACUGUGCAGUGUACAACCGACCUCAUCAUUACAUCAACAACUACAACAAACAUCACCUCAAGAACAACAAUUAUUACACAUACCGGCCAGGCGUCAUUCAUCAGAAUCCAAUAAAGAGAAUACAUUUCUAACCACCAAGAAAAUAUCAGCCAACAAUUGCAAUGGCAGCACAGCCAUCUUAAAGAAAACAUCUUCCGCCUCAUCCACAGUCACACAAUCAGCUACAGCCACCAUACACAUUACACCAGCAGCUACACUAAAUGCUUCCAACAUUGUGGCCACCAUUACAUUACCCACUUCCAAUGCCGCUGUGAAUGUAACAAACGAUAAGGUGUCCGUUAACAAUAGCAAUCAUCAUUCUUUAUUCCCAGAUGCACCUACUACGCCCAAAGUUAUACGCAAGGCACCAACUACUGAUGCAUCACCCACCUCAGUUAAGGCUCUAGUAAAGAAAUUUCAACUUGAAGGCGGCGAACAGCCCAUAACACCACCAGAAUUUGCCACCAAUGGCAGUAAGAUCCACCAUCAUCCCCAGCUACAACAACAGCAGCAGCAGGCACAGCAACAGCACAAUCAAAGUCAAUUAAAGUAUAAUGCACAAGGCAGCAGCAGCAGACCUUCACUGUCCCCACCAACUUUAGCACAUUCUUCGGCCAUUACCAUAGCGAAUUCAUCGAGAAGAGCUUCAGAGCCCAUAACCGCUAUACACACAACCAAGAAACUAAGCACGACUUCCUCAUCGGCUCCAGUAUCUAUGCCAGCUUCAGCAGCUGCUCACAAUUACAAGACAACAUGCGUGUAUUGUGUUUCCUGUACAAAUUCCUCAACAAAUGGAUGCAGGCAUCCCAAUUCCUCAACAAGCAACAUUAGCACCUCCUUAGCUGCCACCGCCGUCGCCGCCAAUACACCUCUAAGCAGUAAUAGCACAAAAUCCUUAAUCAAUGGCAGUACCAGCAAUGGCAGUCUUACUUCUACAACCAGCAGUAAUGCGGCUGCCUCCACCUCAUCACCAACAACAGCUUUAUUAUUUGGUCAACAUCAGCAUUCGCAUUCUCAGCAUUUGUUAAAUUCCCACCAACAUCAGCAGCAGCAUUCGCAUCAUUCACACCAUCAUCCUCAUCACCACCACCAUCAUCAUCACUUACAUCACCAUGGUGUGGUUAAGAGUGCUGCUGCUUCAGCAAAUGGUUUAAGUUUAGAUCAGGGUAUUAUUUGUUAGCUAAGGGCCUCUAGGGCGCGAAGGAAUGCCAAAAGUUUCUUUCAUCGUUUCUUAUGUUGUAUGUAGUAUAGGGUGAAAAAUUCUAAAAAUAUUAAUAGUAAUAAUCAUAAUAAUAAUAAACGUAGUACGAAUAGUUAUUUAACAAAAAAGAAAAAGUAUUUCAAUUACUUUUUAUGUUGUUCAGAUGGUGGUGUACCCUAUGAAGAAUUUCUUUAAAGAAGGGAAAACUUCCUAAAUACCUAAAAUACUUUAUUGUUUUAACAUUUUUCAAUUUACGUGAAAUUGUUUAAGGAGCUGGAUGUUGUUUUGCGAAAUUAAACUUUUGACAUUUCUGUUAACUUUAGGCCUUAUAAAAACCUUGUUUGUUUAGCAUUUGCCUAAGUUAAUUGAAAUACCAAUAGUUUAUAUAAAUAUAUUUAUAAUGUUUUCUAUAUACAUUAACUUAGUUUCAAGAAAUUGCCCAUAGGAAUGCAAAACUAUUAAGAUAUUCUCUAAGAUCCAAUAAUUUAAUUAGAAAUUAAAGACGUAUUUUUACAUUUAAUAUGUAAACAAUUGUGUGAAAAGCAAAACUUUCAAAAUAUAAUACAUAGUGUAGCGAUUAACAAAAUAGCUUUUGAAUUCUUUAUAGUAGCAGUUUACAAAAAGUAAACAAAGGCAUUAAAACUUAUAUUUUAGGUAUUAAGUACUUUUAUUAGAAUGUAUUUAAAUAAUGUCUUAAAGCUUUAUAGUUAUUUAAACUUUAAAUAAAACAGGUUAACAAAAAUACAAUAACCUAGAAAAUGAAAAUGAAGAAAGCUUUAAACAUGUUACUAAACUUGAUGUGAAAAUAGCAACAUUCAAAAUCCCGAUCCAAGUAUUGGAUCCAGGGGGGUGAAACAAGUAAUGUUUCCUCAUGUAUUCAUAUUCUUAAAUGUUUCAAAACUAGGUAAAAUUUUAAACCUUGGGCAAGACAUUUUACAAUUAUUUUGUUCUAGACAAAAUUAUUAAAAUAAAUCAUCCAUUAAAUUCGAUAAUAAUCCUACAGCCAACUUUUUAAAAAGUGUUAAGCUCUGCAAAACUUUCUAACGACAUUUAAAAUUUGACUUAUUCAAAUCGUUAAAUAUAUUACAACAUUUCUGAACUACAACAAUACUUGUUCAGUCCUAAAAAAACAAUUAUUUGAGAAUAUUUUUAUACACAUUUCGAGAGCUUUUGUAAGAUUAUUUUUAUAUAAAAAUCUUAUGCAAAUCCUUAAAUAAUUACAACAUUUCUGAAGGUCAACACUACUAUUUCAGUUGCCAGAAAUGGAGAAGAAAACUAAAAAUAUACAAAUAAAGCUUAAACGUAAUUUUUUUUAGGUUUUAAAAUGGUUUAAAUGGUUACUAUUCAAUAAAAUUAGAAGUUUAAAAUUUCUUUAAACCAAAAGAAGAAUUGAUGUUCCAAAUUAGGCUUAAAUAUUUGUUCAAAAUCUUCAAAAUACAAUUCUUUAGCUUCAUUCAAAAGUUUUUAUUUAAAUAGAAUUUAUUCAUUGUUGAAUUAAUUCAUAAUAAAAUUCAUGCAACCUUUGAAUGAUUCAAUUUUAUAAAAUACAAAUACAAUUAUACAAAUUUUUUUAAAAUAUUUGUUCUUCAUUCAAUUUGUUUUUGUUUUCAUUUACAAAACGAACCGAAAAAAAAUGUCUAAAGCCUUUUUGUAAUAGAUUUGAAUUGAAUAAAAAUAGAAUCAUUCAAACCACCUUUAAAGCUAUUUUGUAGUGGAUUUGAAUUAAAAAAAACUUGAAUGAUUUAACAAGGAAUUAAUUCUAUAAAGAAUGAAUUCUUAAAGGAAUGAAGUAAAUAAGUUUGGAGGACUAAGAAUUUAAGAAAACGAGUUUGUGCUGAAUUUGAUUUUUAAAUUUUUUUUUCGAACAUUUGUAUAAAGGAAUUUGGUUUCUUAGAACUAGAUUUUAAAGAACUUUAAGAUUUGAAGUUUUCAUCAAAUUUACUUUAUAAUAAGGUUAUUCAUUUCAAAAAAAGGGAAAUUACACUCUGAUUUUUUACACUUUUACGCAACAAAAACAUAAACAAAAUUCCACAAAAAAACUUUUUUCUUUGAUUUUGUUUUUUAAAAUGUAAAAAAAUCAUAGUGUUCCAUUUUUUUGAAUUCAAUACCCUCAAUAUGAUAAAAUCUUGAAUUUUGUUAUAAUAAAAACCUUUAUAUUUAAAUUGUCCCAUGUUUUGUUAAAACUUUUUUGAAAAUAAUUAAAAAAAAAGCUUUCUACUGCGUCUAGAAACUAACAGUUAAAGCUUGCUGAAUAUUAAAGCUGUUUUAAAUUACAUAUGAAAUACAAAUUAAGGCAUUAUUUUAAACUAAAUUCUUAAGAAAAUCAUAAAUUAUUUAAAUUUAUUUCAUAAAUAUUUCUAGUUACAUUUCAAAAUUUCCAUUUUUAAGAUUUCAAAGCAAAAUAUUGCAAAAAGCGUUUUAGAAUUUUAUAAAAAGCUUUAAAAUACUUGCAUUAGUAGGCUUUAUUAUAUAGUUAUAUAAUUAUUAUUAAAAUUUAAAAAAGAUAUGGGCAAUUCUAAAACUUAAUCAAACAUAAAAGCUCCUGAAUACGAAAAUAAAUUUAAAAUUCCUUAUCGCUAAUGGAUUUUUCAACUGUGCACAUAUAAAAAGCGAGACAAAAGCAGUAAGUUAACAUUAGUCCUUAAAAUCAUUGGUUUACUUGCUAGUUUUUACUAUUUUUAGCAAAAUAUUGUAAAAAAGUAAAAGUAGAGGGUAAACUAGCAGUCUGUUGGUAUUUUAGUACUCUUGAUAACAAUCCAAAAUUGUGUUUUCCAAGUAUUUUAUGUUGAUGCAAAUGAAAAAUUCAUUAUGAUUGGGAAAAUUUAUAAAUAUUGAAAAUUGAAACGCUAAACUUUAGCUGGUUUACUAAAGUAUUUUAAUUUUUUUAAAUAUAUAAAGUUUUCCCACAUACCACAUUACGCGUACACCACCAUUUUGUUAAGUUAAUUAAAUGAAAAAUAAAGUUAAACCUUAAACGAUGUAAUAAAUGUUGUUGUUGAUUGAUGUAGCUAGCAGCAACUAAUUUGUGUUUUUCUGAUUAUAAUUUGUCUAUUAAAAUAAUUUUACAAAAAAAA